AGCGAUACGAAUUAAUUCUAAAAUUGAAAAGGCCUCAUCCUCUUGUAACAUCUGCAAUAGAGAAAUUCACAGAACUGGAUUUGCUUCAUUUUCAUCUUCCUGCUUCUCUCGCAUGAGGUAAAGCUGUAAACACAGCUUCUCAGACCUGAUAUUGAGAAGGGAGAACUGUGCCAAGAAGCUGAGAUAGUAAAUGCCAUUGCGUCUUCCAUCGCUUUCUAAUUUCAAGAGGCCUCUGUAUUUAUGGAACCUUAUCAUUCGAGACUCCACCAACAAUGGGUUAUUCUCAGAAACGCUAAAUAUAUACUCUUCCAUGGCUCGCUGUGGGUUUGUUGGUAACAGCUUCACUUAUCCUCUGGUCCUCAAGGCCUGUGGAAAGAUUGCUUCUAUUCGAGAUGGAACGAAGAUUCAUGGUCGUAUACUGAGACUUGGCUAUGGAGAAGACGCUUUUAUUCAAACUGCUCUCAUUGAUAUGUACUCCAGAUGCUCUGAAAUUGUUUAUUCACGCCUUGUGUUCGAUGAAAUGCCUGGUAGAAGCGUGGUCUCUUGGAAUGCCAUGAUCUCUGCUUAUUGUCGAGGUCCUUGGUUGGACGAAGCACUAAUUCUGUUGAAAGAAAUGUGGAUUUGUGGUUUUAUCCCGAAUUCUUCCACAUUUGUUUCCAUUUUAUCAGGUUAUUCCAAUCUAACUGCUUCCAGCAAGUAUCUUCUGCCGGGGCUAUCAGUACACUGUUGCUUGAUCAAACAUGGCCUAGAAUUUUCCGAUAUUUCAUUAACCAAUUCAUUGAUGACUAUGUAUGUGCAUGUUGGUCAAAUAAAUGGAGCAUGCCAAGUUUUUGGCAUGAUGCAUGAUAAGUCAUUGAUUUCUUGGACAACUAUUAUCGGUGGUUUUCUUAAAGUGGGGAAUACUGAAGAAGCAUUUAGAGUAUUUCAUCAAAUGCGAUGUCAAAGUACUGAAUUAGACUCUGUUGUGUUUCUGAAUCUAGCUUCUGGUUGUAUACAAGUGGGAAAUCUUCAGUUGGCUUCAUCCGUUCACUCUCUUAUACUCAAAAGUGGAUGUGAUGAGGAGGAAUCCAUAGAAAAUGCGCUUGUCAGUAUGUACGCGAAAUGUCGUGACCUUUCAUCUGCUAGAAGGAUAUUUGAUCUGGUUAAUGAAAAAGGCAUUUUAUUAUGGACAUCUAUGAUUACGGGCUAUGCUUCUUCAGGCCAUCCUAUGGAAUCAUUGGAACUAUUUAGAAAGCUACUUAGGACAGAUAUCAGACCAAAUGUAGUAACUCUUGCGACAGUUGCUUCAGCUUGUGCUGAUUUGGGAUUUCUGAGCAUGGGACAAGAGAUUGAAGAAUACAUUUUGCUAAAUGGGUUCGAUAUUGAUAAGAGAAUCCAAGCGUCUCUCAUACACAUGUACUCAAAAUGUGGACGCAUCAAGAAAGCAAGAGGCGCAUUUGAGGGAGUAAAGGAUAAAGAUUUAGUAGUCUGGGCUUCCAUGAUAAACGGUUAUGCCAUUCAUGGGAUGGGCAAGGAGGCUAUAAGCCUUUUCCAUAAAAUGCUAAAGGAAGAAGGUUUAAUGCCUGAUGCAAUAGUUUACACUAGCAUUUUACAUGCCUGUAGCCAUUCAGGAUUGGUGGAAGAUGGACUGAACUAUUUUAAAAACAUGAAGGAGGAAUUUGGAAUAGAUCCCACAGUAGAACAUUACACUUGCCUGGUAGAUCUUCUUGGCCGAGUCGGUCGGCUUGAUUUAGCCCUAGAUAUCAUCGAGGGCAUGCCACUUGAAGCACAACGACAGGCUUGGACCCCAUUUCUUAAUGCCUGUAGGGUUCAUGCUAACAUUCAGCUGGGAGAGCUGGCAGCUGCAAAAUUGUUGGAUUUAGGUCUAGGAAGACCUGGAAAUUAUGUGUUGAUGGCUAAUUUGUAUACAUCUUUGGGCAAGUGGAAGGAGGCACAUAUGAUGAGAAAAUUGAUAAAUAGUGAAGGAUUGGUUAAAGAAUGUGGCUGGAGCGUGGUUGAGAUUAACGGUAGAUUUAAUAUGUUUUCUGCAGGAAAUCAUUAUCACCUUCAGUUAGUUAAUAUCCACAAGACACUAGAAGAGUUAAAUGCUUCUCUCUUGGAAGCUAGUUUUAUAGCAGAAGCAAUGACUGAAAAUAAUGAUCUGUAAAAGAAAACAGAUUACGACUUGUAAGGAAUUUU